AUGGCGACACAAGUGCUUGGCUUCACCGAGAUGAUGAUCCUCAUCUGGGUGUCGUGGUUCGUCGCCUUUGGCAUGACAAUCUUCCGCGGCACCUCUCAGUGGAUGCUGCAGCGACGGCUUCACGUGGAUGACUACUUCAUCUUCGCCGGGCUUGCCACGUUGACGGCUCUGAGUGCUGUCAUUACGAGCAUGCUGCCGCAGUUCUAUCUGUCUGGGGAGUAUACCAAGGCUGCGGCCAAAGAUCCAUUGACUCCUCUGCCAUUACCGGUGGAUGAGUUCAUGGCGAGGACAGUUGCAUCGCUCAAGAUGAUGUUUUCCCAGAUGCUGCUCUUCUGGACGACACUGUGGGCUGGUACGAUCUUUCGAGUUCUCGAUAUCUCUGGCGACAUUAAGCUGACCAUAGCUGUAGCCAAGUUCUCAAUCCUCUUUUUCGUCCGGCGGCUCAUCAUCGGUUUGCCCAACUACAUCCGGGCGUGGUGGGUGUGUUUUACUGUAGUUCUGUUGCUGUAUCUCGCGUGCAUGCUGUCCAACUUCUUGACUUGUACGCCCUUGGAAAAGUACUGGAGCACAACUGGAUGCAGUGCCCCAGAAGACCUCGUACGGGCCGAUGCCUCCAUCAAGUUCGCAACCAGCGCCGACGUCGCCGCCGACAUCUUCAUCAUGAUCCUCCCCCUCAACCUCCUCCGCAAACUCACCACAUCCCGCACCCACAAACUCGGCCUCGUCGUGCUCUUCUCCCUCGGCGCAAUCAUCAUCGCCUUCGCCCUCGUCCGCCUCGCGCAAGUAACCAAAGCCACAAGCGACACCGCAAAAGACCCGACGACCGUCGCCAACGGCCCAGUGCUCCUGAGCAUGUGGAGCCACGUCGAGUCCACUGUCAGCAUCAUCGUCGCCACGCUGCCCGCGUUCCGGUUCCUGCUGAGCAAGAACCGCAACGCGACGCGGCAGGCGCCGUCCAAGUACGCUGUUCAAACCAUCGGCGGCUCGGGCAUGUCGUUGAGGUCCAGGCGGUGGCAGAGGGGAGGGGAGCGCUUGAAUGGCGGGGAGAGCGAUGGCUCGGUGUUGGAUAGCGAGACGGAGUUGCGGCCGGUGAGGGGUAUUCACAAGGAGGUUGAGUAUGUAGUCGAGCCGGUGCCGGGGGUGUCUGCUUCUGGAGAGAACAAGCGGAGAACGCAGGAGCUUUUUGCAUGA